UUGGAUUCAUCGUCAACGUUUUAUGAGUUAAUUAUUUGUUCCAUUCUUCAUGAUGUGAAUUUAAAUAUAAUUUUUAGUUCAAAAUUUCAAUUGUAGACAUGAUUUCACGGGUCAUUAUCUGUAUAGAGUUUAAACUGUGUCACCAAAAUUUAAAUUUACCGUAGCUUCAACUCGUUUGAAUUCCUAUAAUUUAAUGUUUGCAUUUUACUUAUUUUUUACAAUUGCCUAAAUGUGUAUGUUCAAUUGUGCUUCAAACACGUUCGAUGUUUUUACAAUUUGUUGCUGGAUUGUGUGUUUGUGUACGAAGAAGUGCUAAUGUUUAAGCAACAGAAAACGGUGUAGUUUUAAACAGUGCAGGAUAUUAAGAAGUGAUUCGUGAUGUCCCUAUCAAUGAAAAAGCAUUGGAAAUUACAGGAAUUCGCCGCCCAUACGGCCAAUGUCAAUUGUUUGUCAUUUGGCCGGAAGUCUGGGCGAGUGAUGGUAACUGGUGGAGAUGACAAAAAAGUAAAUCUUUGGGCCGUCGGAAAGCCAAACUGUAUUAUGAGCAUUGCUGGCCACACAACAUCCGUGGAAUGUGUUCGGUUUGAUCCCAGAGAAAUAAUGGUCUGUGCUGGUUCCCUGUCUGGAGCCUUGAAACUUUGUGAUCUAGAAGCCUCAAAAAUUAUUAGAACCUUAACUGGUCACAAGGCUGGCAUUAGAUGUUUAGAUUUCCAUCCAUUUGGAGACUAUGUUGUUUCAGGUUCCCUCGAUACUAACAUAAAGUUAUGGGAUGCAAGAAAGAAAGGCUGUAUUUAUACAUACAAGGGUCACAAUAAAGCUGUAAAUACUCUAAAAUUUAGUCCUGAUGGAAAAUGGGUUGCUUCUGGUGCUGAAGAUGGCUCAGUAAAGCUUUGGGAUCUUUGUGCGGGUAAACUUUUGACAGAAUUUCCUGGCCAUACCGAUUCAGUGUCAAGAGUCGAAUUUCAUCCAAACGAAUUCCUUUUAGCCACUGGUAGUGUAGAUAGAACUGUCAAAUUUUGGGAUCUGGAAUCCUUUCGACUAGUCUCAACAGUUGGUGGAGAUGGACCUCCUGUAAAGUGUAUAUAUUUUCAUUCAAGUGGUCUCUGUAUGUUUUGUGGAUCUCAUGACAUUCUUAAAGUGUAUGGAUGGGAACCUGAAUGUACAUUUGAUUCAGUUUUAACUGGAUGGGGAAAAGUUUGUGAUAUGGCAAUAACACAGAAUCAACUUAUUGCUGGUAGUUUUUCUAUGAACAGUGUUUCUGUGUAUGUUGUGCAACUAGACACGUUAAAACCCAUGUGCAAAGUGGAUAAUAGUAAUGUUUCCUACAAACCAAACUCCUGCAUUAAUCCUGUCUCUCGGUCCCAUUUACGCAAGAGCUUCGAAAAAGAUCAAGGAAAUCACAAAUUAAACUCUAUAAAUAUGAAAGUUGUUGAAAGUGCCAAUCAAGAAUAUGAUAUUGAAAAUGACAAUCUCAAUUAUGAAGACACAGAGGAAAUUGUUGAUGAUGAAGAAAUAUUUGCUCCCAAAAGUGAAUUAUGUCGUACCCCACCUGAGAGUGAACCCUUCCCAAUACCCUUGGAUGUUUCAGAUCCUGUUAAAGGAGAUUUUUUUAUCAAAAGCUUUGCAAAAGAGACAAAGACUGUGAUUCAGUCAUCGUAUUCUGUAUCAGAAGUUCCAGAAAAACUGUCCAAAUCACCUGUGUCAAGUCCCAUCAAAAGUGGCUCUCCUGUAAGGACUCAAUAUGCCCCAAGUCCGCCCUCCCCACCUGUCAAUGCCCAUCCACCAUUGUGUACGCCAUUUGGAAGUGCUCCUAACACAUACAAUAGGAGACCAUCCUUUCCCGGAGAAAGAGACUCUCAAACUGUAAAUAAACCUUGUGAAAAGGCGACUGCAAUCAGAUGGCCUGGUUACCCACCAGAGGCUGUCUCAAUUGUGAGACCUACCACAUUUGUGCCUGAAAAAGAUGUCCUUAUGCACCGAAUAGCAAUGUAUCCAGAACAGUUGAAGCCUAAAUCGGUUUCAGUGACGUCUGAUUAUGUGCCAGAACAAAGAGAUAAGCCAGCUGGUUUGGAUGUUGAUGAUUUUUUGCCAAAAUCUAUGCAGCAGUGCCUUGGCAUAAGCCAGUCAGUGCAACCUGAAGUUUCUGAAGCAGAAGCUAUGACUAUGAUAUGCCGAGAACACCAACCACUAUUGAUGGUCUUCGACAGCAGGAUGAAAAAGCUUCAGAUUAUUUUAGCUGUCAUGAAGUCAAAAGGACACAAAAUUGCUGCAGAUACUGCUGUUAGUAUGAACGACCCAGCGAUUCUAGUUGACUUCUUAUCAAUUUUGAAUAGGAGAUCGGAUUUAUGGACGUUGGAUUUGUGCCAAGCAUUACUACCUUCUCUUCAAGAUCUAGUUCAAAGCAAAUAUGAAACGUACAUGUCAGCUGGCUGUUGUUCUGUAAAACUAAUACUGCAGAAGUUUGGUGGGCUAAUAAAAACCAAUAUUGAUGCUCCUCCUCGCAUUGGAGUUGACCUUUGUGGAGAAGAAAGAGUUACUAAAUGCAAGGAUUGCUAUGAACAACUUCUAGCUAUACAGUCUUUCAUUUUAAAACGACAAACAAUGCAAGGCAAACUAGGCCAAUCUUUUCGAGAACUUCUUAGCAUGAUGUGUUCAGAGUUCAACAGAAUGUGAUGUUCAUGUUUAUAGAAGAUAAUUUAUUAUAAGAUUGACAAAAAAAAAAAAAAAAAAAAAAAGAAUUCAUACCGUGUGAUACUGAUGUGGCCUUUCAUCAUUUGUGAAGACUGAACAUAUGCCUUAUAUUAAACAUUCCAUGUGCCAUUUUUAUUUUCUUCAUAGGGUUCUCCUUUCUGGAAAAGGCGAAGCUGUCGACUAGAGUGGUGCAUAUGUAAAUACAACUUUAAUGAUUCUUGUUAAUGAAUACUUAUACUUUUCAAUGUUCAAAAUUAAAAAAAUAAUAAUAAAUAGUUUUGCAGUUUUUUUACUAAUAUGUAUGACAGCAAGCAGCAUUUUAAAAAUACAAUCAAUGAAUUUCUAAGAUUUUGAACUGCCUCAUCUCUUUUUUUCCCAUUGUAGCUAAUUGCAAUGUUAUUUUCUUUUGUGUAUUUUGUUCAGUGGAAUUUUUACGUUUAAAAAAACGAAAUCAAAUAACCCAUGAAAGAAUUUUCAUACAAAAAAAAACAUGUAUUGAGUUUACUGAGUGUCAUUGCUAAAGUUGCAGUUUAUAGUUUAAGAGAAAGUUAAUGUGUUAUUUUGGAUAGGCCAAAAAAAAAGGCUGAAACAUAACUACUAAAAAGCACUGCUAAACAAAAUGUAAAAAUUUAAGUUACACAAAUUUCUGUUCUAUGAAAACCUAGUUCUGAGUUCUAAAAUGCUUUCUUGUUUCAAGUGUUAAUGUUAUAAAUGUUAAAAAUAUUGAGUAAAAAUAUGACAACGUGUAUAUAUGUACAAGUACAGUAAAACCUGUAAAGUUGACCGCCCUUGUAAGUUGACCGCUAUUUUCAGGCACAGAAUUAGAGCUAUGUGACAUAAUUCAACCUCUAUAAGUUGACCACCUGUUUAAGUUGACCACUUAAAUAGUGCACCUCAAGUGGUCAACUUACGGAGAUUUCACUGUAAAAGCAUUUAAAAAGUUUAAAAAUGUGCUUAAAAGAGUGAUGGAACAACCAAGUGAGACAACAGACAAGUGAACAUGUCCACUUGUCCAUUGUUGGACCUGGUUGUUCCAUCGCUCUUUCUAUGCACUGAAGAAGGGGUUUCAUUUUAUAACCCCGAAACAGCUAUUUGCAGAGUUUUUAAACUCUUUUUAAAUGCCUUUAUUUGUACAUAUAUACAUGUCGUCAUAUUUUUACUCAUUUCAUUGUAAA